AACACAACAAGAGCAGCUAUAUUAUCGCGAUCGUCUUCGACACGAGCAAUCGAACCUUAUUCUGGAGCGACCCCAUGCAAGGAGUGAUCAUGAAGAUGCACGUGCCGUUAGACGGUCCACCGGAUGAACCGACGAUCCUCCACAAUUUGAUGCACCAGAGUCCACGCGGUAUCGCUUUGGACGCAUGUAACAGUCACAUAUACUGGGCAAAUAGCAAUAAUACGAAUCCAAGUAUCGAGCGGUCGGAUCUCGAUGGAAGGAAUCGAGUAACAGUGAUCAAAGAGAAUUUAUACGAGCCGUUGGCGGUCGCUAUAGAUCACAGCAACAAGAAGCUGUAUUGGAUCGACGAUGCGGAGGGCGUGAGGAUCAACAUGGAGCGCAGCAAUCUCGACGGUAGCGAGCGCGAGCUGUUGGUUCACCCUAAGGGUCAUCAACCAGUGCACCUGGCGUUGGACAACGACUCGAUAUAUUGGUCCGAUUUGGUGCACAGAGCCGUUUGGACUAUACCAAAAGAGGUAAAAUUUGGAGAUCUGCCGAGUAAAUUUCGUUCGUACCAGUCGAAUCACGAUGCCGAGCCGGCUGGUAUCGUCACGCGUGAUAACAUCGUCAAAGCAGCAGACUGCUCGGCCUGUGUGAAUGAACCAAGAGCCAGUUUUACGGAGGCGAAACACGACGAAACGUCGUACAAUUUGACAACCAGUACGGAAGAAUCGGAACCAACUACCGAGACAUUCCACUCCUGCUUGAAUGAUGGUUGCUUCAACGAGAAUGAAGGGAAAUGCCAGUGCAAACUUGGAUUCACUGGAACGUAUUGCCAUGUAGAUCUCUGUCACAAUUACUGCUUCCGUGGCAGUUGUAAUAUAAACAGUGACGGAUUACCCACAUGUAAGUGCAAUGACACAUUUAUCGGACCAAGAUGUGAAACAGACCUGUGCAAGGACUAUUGCUUGCACGACGGUCAGUGUUCCGUCCAAGAUGAGAAACCAGUUUGUAAAUGUAAAUAUUCCAAGGGAGCUCGUUGCGAGAUUUUUAACAAUACUGAAAUUUGCGAGGUGUUUUGUAUGAACACCGAGCCAGUUCCUACUAGCGUUGCCACUGCUAACUGCAGAUGCGCCGAAGGAAAUCAAGAACCACAACAAAUGGUGACAGCUAACGAGGAUAAUGAAUACAGAACGAUACUACCAAUUCUUAGUGUAAUUGUUGGAGUACUUGUUUUCGUGAUAGCCGUACUUAGUUAUUAUGUAAAUAAAUUUCGAAAACGGCCACGCAUUAAAAAGCGUUUUGUCGUCAGCAAAGGUGGUGUGACGCCACUUACGUCUCGGCCGCAACUGUCGGACAAUCAGUGCGAAAUAACCAUAGAGAACUGCUGCAACAUGAAUAUCUGUGAAACUCCAUGUUUCGAACCAAAAUUACGUGCUGCAGCGCCAGAAACCAAUGGUUCUAAGAAAGAGGAGAAGAAUUCUUUGCUCGAUAACAUGGAAGAGAAUUCGUGG